AAAUUGGAUUUCAUUGUUUGAGAAAAUGCAACAAAUUGCUUCUGGGAAAGUAGAACAGAAAGCUCAGAUUUUGGCAUUUUCUAUCAUGAAUCUUAUCUGGUCUCAAAGUGAGCCUAAUGUGGUGAGGGAGAAGACUGGUCUAUUGCCAUUGUUGGAAUGCAUGUCACAGCUAUUACAGAAGGAUGCAGGCUUGCUUGUACAAAUGCAUGCUGUUCGUCUUCUGUUUUCUGUCUUAAACUGUACAUCUUCAUUCUUAUCUAUUUCUACCUGUCCAAAGGUAUUGCUGAUGUUAAAUUGCGGGACUUCACAGGAUAUCUCAGCAUUGGAGGGUGUGAUUUCCUGUGUUCUUGAAGGAUUGGCACGAACUUUAGUUCAAGCCAGAACUGGUCCUCAGGAUGUGAAAUAUCAGAAGCAGGUGAUCAUUUUGCUGGCAUUCAUAGCAUCAUCUGGCAAAUCUGGUUUUGAUGUCCUUAUUAGUUCAGGCAGAAAUAAGGGAGUGAAUUUCCUUGAGUUGAUAAUGCAAGUAUUAUCAUCUGGUAUGAAUACUGCUGAAAUAGCUGAUAGUGUGAACUUUGAAGACCUAGACCUCCACAAACUAAGAAGUUCACUAGUGAGAGAAGCGCUUAUUCUCCUGAACCGGUUGGCCUCGCACCCGGCCCUUUCCAAGUUCACAUUGGAAGCUCUUACCUGCAGCAACACAGUUACUAGUUUGACAGUAGAUGUUGUAACUAGGCUGUGCAGGAAAAACAAACCUGGCAGUAAGAAUGCUGGUGCUGGCAGAAUAACUAAUUUUGCGCACACAGAUGCUGAGAUUAUUGAGCUUGCACGGUUGUUCAGGACCAGAUUUUUUGCUUUCCUCGGGUGCAACCUGAUUGCCAGUGGUAAGCUUUUAACUGCCCUCUUUAAUUAAGUGAAAAGAUUUUGAGAUUUUGGGAUGAUACCACAAUAUAUGUUGUAUCUGAUGUGAUAUUGUGUACAACAGUUAUGCAUGGUAGGGUAGAGCAUGGUUUACUUGGUUGUGGUUGUAGGAAAUAACUGACCUGAAAAAAUCACCCAAUAA